GAAUGGAGUUUGUUAUGUCGCUCUUUGAUACAGCUUAUUUGUGCAAUGUGAAAAUUCAUCACGUCAGUUUUGGCCGCUCUAAGCACCGGUAUGAAUGGGCUUGGUGGGUACGAUGUGUUGUUAACACUCCUGUACAGUAGGUGGCGGUAUGCACUUCAAACAGUUUGGAAUCCGCCAUUCAGACCAAAAGAAGAAGAAGAAAGAACAGGCCUCCCGUCAGGCUGUGCGAAAAAACAACACUGGACAAGAAAUCCCAACAUCUGCAGGAUAAGUUCAGUAGCCUCACGCUGACAGCAUCAUGGAGGAGGAAGGGCCCCCUGCAGAAGGCGCGGUGGAGACCCCCUUUAACGCAGAGACCUACGCCGCCGAGGCCAUGGCUGCAGACAUGGACCCCUGGAUUGUGUUUGACUCGAGAAGAACUCCCAGAUCCGAGUUCGAUGCCUGGCUGGAGAGCAACUGGCCCUCACGAGUGAACAGAUUCGGUGAUGAGGAAAAUGGUGUUAGCCCUGUGGGCUGGAUCGCCGUGCUGGGCCUGAACCACUGCCCCAGCACUGGGGAUGUUACGGGUCUCCAGGAGAGCUGGGAGAAACUGUUGGCCAGCGGCCGGCCUGUCAGCUUCCAGACAGUAAAGGAGCUGGCCCUGAACCACGGGGUGCUCACGGGCAAAUGGCUGAUGCACUUGGACUCUGGUUUCAAGUUGGACCGCGCCUGGGAGUGCGUUGCCAGAGCAGCCCUGGAUGGCAAGAUCUCCCUCGCUAAAGUCAGUCCCCAUAAUCCAAAGGGAGAGGGCAAGCAGGUCAUCUGUGUCUACAACCAGAACUUCACUGACGAGAGCGAGGUUCUGAGGCUGGACUCCAUCAUCCGUGCCACAGGAGUCAAAUGCCCUCUCACCUACAAGCCCGACGUGUACACAUACCUGGGAAUCUACCGAAACAACCGCUGGAAACUUGGUCCAACCAUAUAUGAGAGCAAAUUUGACCUGGAGUCUGUGCCCCGGCGUUCCCACAUUAUCAACAAAGUCACCAAUCUUGAAGUAACUUAAGCCCGUCAGAACAAGAGGGUAGUUUUGCAGAACGGGUAAAUGAAGAGGCACUCGGUGCGGUGAUGCCACGAGCCAUGUUGUGCUAAAGUGGUUUCAAAGGUUAACUGGUUGAAAUUUGACUUCAAAGUUCUUCCGUUUUGGCAUAAAAGCACUAAAUCUCAUUUCAGUUUUGUAUUCUCAUGCUGUAAUAUUUCCUAAGUGACUUUUUUUUUUUAUUAAUUACAAUGCAUUCAUAAGAGUAUUUGUAUUCUUGAUGUUCUGUUCCUGAUGGACAGGGUGGCUGAAGAAAUCCUUGAUUUGUAUGCACAGAAGAAAAUUUGCAUCCAACAAAGAAUUUGUUUGGCUUCAUUUUUUUUGUGUGUGGUUUAUACUGAACCACGCUAAGAGUUGUCAAAUAAAAUCAACUUUUGAAGACCCAUCUUAA